AUGGCCGAGCCAUCGACCCCUGGGCCGAAUGCGUCCCUUUUCGGAAUCUCCUCCCUUGCCUCCCAGAGUUCACAUCCCGGCUCCUCUGUCUCGACCGGAAACGAGCUCGUUGUUGCGUCUAGUGCCGUUACCAACAGCAGCGGAACACCGAAUUCCGUAGCGUCGAACAACACUUACAUCAUGCCGAAUUCUCCCCUGAAGAAGCUGGGCAUCACGGAUGGCUACAGGCCUCGAGUGACUCGUACUCUGGGUAAUCGCCCGGCGUGCCUUGUCAAUGCGUCGGUCACACACUGCGGCAACAAUCAGAUUUACGCCUUUGGCGGAUUCGAUCAAUACACCGACGAGGUCUACAACCACGUCCUGCGACUCGACCUUACCACCAACCAAUGGAGUCUUGUUCCUAACUUUGGGGAUAUUCCGGGCGUCCGCAUGGGGCAUACCGCAACGUUGUACCAGGGCGACAAACUCCUUGUAUUCGGCGGCGAGAAUGAGCACCGUGCUUACCUCUCGGACCUUAUAAUUUUCGACCUCGAGACCGCGCACUGGACAAAGCCUCAGGUUUCUGGUCACAUUCCUAAGGGCCGCGCACGCCAUGCUGCUGUCCUUCACGAGGACAAGCUCUUUGUCAUCGGUGGUAUAACCGGUCGCGAUAACUAUGUUCUUGACGAUAUCUGCUUUCUUGAUCUCAAGACCUAUACGUGGUCUCGUUCUUGGAGAUUCGUGGCAAGAUUCGAUCAUUCCGCUUACAUCUGGGGCGAGAGGGUGUGGAUCUUCGGGGGGCUAAGUCAAGACAUGGAUAAAGUUGGUGAACUGUACUGGCUCGAUUUGAAAGGGAACCCAGCGUUUGAGUCCUCGCCUCAAAUCGGUACUUUUGACCGCCAUUCUGUCUCAAGUCGGGCUAUUGGGUCUCCACGAACGCCGUAUUCGCAACCGGCUGUCGUUGGAACUUCUGGUUAUGCUGCCAACUCCCGGACUGCGCAGGUUAACCCUCCUUCGUUCCAACUACAAUCCUACUCACCCAUGGCGCCUGGGGCUAUAUCCUCUCUCAAGUUCAUCUCGGGUGCGAAUAUCCCAUCGCAAGGCCAAGGUUAUCACUUCCAUGUCUACUCCUCGGGAACGUUGCUAGAUUUCCAGACUCCAGCUGCCACAAUCACAUCCAACCUUUGUUCUCUGUCUGCGUUGGACCUCGGAACCCUUCGCUGGCAGAAGCUCGCCGAGGGUCAAGAGGUUUUCAAGACAGGCUAUAGGUGGCAUUAUUGCACUAUGAAUGAGGAGGGUACGAAGGCGUGGCUCCUUGGCUGCCCUACGGAACCCGCUCUAAAUGACCUUGGACCUAAUGGGUACGAGGAGUAUCUAAGUGAUAUUAUGGAAAUCGAUCUUCGUCGCUACGGCUUCUUGGGAAAUAGUGCUGCCCCGGACCCCAGACACGAGACGCGGCGCUCCGUUGCGCGAGUUGUAGAUCAACCUUCUCGUGGUCUCGGCGCAGAUCUUGCGAAGCUUUUUAAUCAGCCUCCAGAGAGUGGCAGCGGUACUGAUUUUAUCAUCACGGCACUCGCCGGCGAUAUCCAGGAACACGAUAUAUUUUCGACGAGCCUCGCUCACGCGGGCGAUGUCGGCUCCGGCGAGAACUGGCUUUCACCAGACGCGCCUACAUCGGAGCCCAUAUACGUUCAUAAAUUAAUCCUUCAAGCCCGUUGGCCCCAUUUCGCGCGACUAUACAAUUCCCAAAUGGCCGAGUUCCAUACGAAGAAGAUGCACAUCCCCGAACCUUACAGUGUAGUAAAGGCGUUCAUCCUUUACUUAUACACGGACAGCAUUCACGGGACCACGGACGAGGAAAGCGGAGCGGUUACGAACCUGUCGGAUGUAGCCGGUCUGCUAGUGAUGUCCAACAUUUAUGGCAUCCCUCACCUGCGUCUACUGUGUGUGAAUAGGCUAUCCAAGGAACUAGACGUGGAUCACGCCUGCGUCACCUGGUAUUGCGCCGGGCUCGCCAACGAGGAGUGGCUACGGAAGCGCGCCGCAUCAUUCUGUUUGACUCAUUGGGGACGCAUCGUCCGCACCGCAGGUUUCUUGCAUCUCCCCAGAACGGCCCUUGUCGAGCUCUCCCAAGAGGUCGACAUGGAGGGCCGUGUGGUCGGGGGUGAGGAACUCGAGUUUGUCGAGGGGCUGAAAGGCGCCGGAUUCGGUGAUCCCAACUCCCUGCGGGCUCGUAAGGCGAGUGUGAGCAGUCAACAGACGCAAUUGAUGGAGUCGGAGUUGGAAGAUGAUGAUGGCAUGGAGAUGAAUUGA